AAUCUUGACAGAUAAAUAUUUUUUCAACAUGAUUUAUUAAUGUUAUAAGUUUAUUUCAUUUCAUUUAUAUCCCUAGCAUUACGUAGUUAUUUUCACAUUAAUUACACAUAGUAAUAGUUAAUAUUUUGCAUGUACAGAAUUUCUCAGUGCACUAGGCAAUAAUUUAACACGCCUGGGGAAGUUUUAUGUAAAAUGUAAGGUUAGAGUCGCGUCAAGAAGCGUCACAUAAUGUAAACAUACGUGAAAAUGCCGCCACAGUUUUAGUGAAAUUUGUUAAAGAAACGCAUUUAUGUAAAUAAUUACGCACUCAAAAUGAAGAAAGAACGAACUGGAGACACUUGUCGACCAUAUAAAUUAGCUCAUCAAAUAUUAAGUUUAACAGGAAUUAGCUUCGAUCGUAAGAGUAUUAUAGGAUUUGUAGAGUUAACUGUUGUUCCACUUAGGGACAACCUAAGAAACAUAAAACUCAAUGCAAAGCAAUGCAGAAUCUACCGAGUUAUAUUAAAUGAAACAUAUGAAACACAAUUUCAAUAUUUUGAUCCUUUUCUUGAUAUAUGCCAGGGUGAUGAAGAAACAAGAUCACUGGAAACUUUUAGUGCUCAUCAUUUAUCUGCAGCAUUGAAGAUUGAUCCUGAUAACAGUGCUGGAGAGUUAGUUAUCAAUAUACCUGCAGAAGCAGUUCAUUUAAUAGCUGAAGGAACUGCACUCAGAGUUGGUAUUGAAUUUUCCCUUGAACAACCUGAAGGUGGUAUUCAUUUUGUGGUCCCACCUGGGGAAGGCACUUUUGCUGAGCGCGGGGUACACAUGUAUUCUUAUGGUCAUCAAAACGCAUCUCGUUUGUGGUUUCCUUGUGUCGACAGUUAUGCUGAACCAUGCACAUGGAAACUAGAAUUUACCGUUGAUGAUAAUAUGACGGCGAUUUCAAAUGGUGAUCUACAAGAAGUGGUUUUUACGCCAGAUAUGCGACGAAAAACAUUUCAUUAUUCCUUAAAUAUUCCGACAUGUGCGCCAAAUAUAUCUCUGGCAGUGGGGCCGUUUGAAAUCUACGUUGAUCCAUAUAUGCACGAAGUAACGCACUUUUGCCUACCACAGUUACUGCCACUUUUAAAAGUCACCACGACUUUUAUGCAUGAAGCUUUUGAGUUCUUUGAGGAGACAUUAGCAAAUCGCUACCCGUACUCUUGCUAUAAACAGGUUUUUGUGGAUGAAGUACAUGAAGAUCACAGAUCGUAUGCGACAAUGGCUAUUUUAAGCACAAACUUGUUACAUUCGGCUGUGAUUAUUGAUCAGGUGUAUAUUACGCGACGUGCGAUGGCGCAAGCAAUUGCCGAGCAAUUUUUCGGAUGUUUUAUAUCGAUGCAAAACUGGUCGGAUAUGUGGCUGCCAAAAGGUAUAAGUCAAUACUUAUGUGGACUUUACGCUAAAAAAUGUUUUGGAAAUAAUGAAUACCGAGAAUUUGUCCAAUCUACACUCCAAGAGGUGGUGAAAUAUGAAGAGGAAUAUGGUGGGAUUAUAUUAGAUCCCAGUCAGCCACCGGCGCCACUUCCAGUGGCUUCCAAUACGUCGCAAAUGCAUUCGAAACAUCAGGAGGCACAUUUUUAUUUUUCAAUCAAGAAUUUACACACGCAAUCACCAUUAUACGUUGAGACACUCUACAAGAAAGCGUUUUUGGUGAUGAGAAUGUUGGAACAUCGGAUUGGCUUGGAGUUGCUAUUGCAAGUAUUUAAUAAGCAACUGUCUCUAGCUUCGAAUGCUUCCAGUCAGAAAAUUGGAAGUGGCCUCUGGGGCCACAUGUUGAUCAGUACUAACUUAUUUACUAAAGCAAUUUUUACCGUUACUGGAAAAGACAUGGCGGUUUUUAUCGAUCAAUGGGUACGAACUGGAGGGCAUGCAAAGUUUCAUUUGACUUCUGUAUUCAACAGAAAACGUAACACCAUUGAGUUAGAAAUCAGGCAGGAUGCUACUACACAAACCGGGAUUCGAAAAUAUGUUGGACCACUUUUAGUUACAUUACAGGAACUGGAUGGAACUUUUAAGCAUAAUUUACAAAUUGAGAAUACUGUGGUUAAGUCGGAUAUUACAUGUCAUUCCAAAAGUAGAAGAAAUAAGAAGAAAAAGAUUCCUUUGUGCACUGGGGAAGAAGUUGAUAUGGAUUUAAGUGCUAUGGACGAUUCACCUGUUUUGUGGAUCCGGCUUGAUCCUGACAUGACUCUACUGAGAUCUGUUGUGAUUGAGCAACCCGACUAUCAAUGGCAGUAUCAAUUACGGCAUGAACGCGACGUUACGGCACAAAUGGAAGCCAUCAUGGCUUUGGAACGUUAUCCAACACCGGCUACAAGAUUAUCUCUCACGGAUACGAUCGAGAACGAACAAUGUUUCUACAAAGUACGAUGUCGUGCGGCCCACUGUUUAACUAAGGUAGCUAAUGCCAUGAUUAACUGGGCUGGUCCACCAGCAAUGCUUGCUAUUUUUCGCAAACUGUUUGGUUCGUUUGCAGCGCCACAUAUUAUUCGGCAGAAUACGUUUAGCAAUUUUCAACAUUACUUUAUUCAGAAAACAAUUCCCGUAGCGAUGGCUGGCCUUCGUAACGCGCACGGAAUUUGUCCACCGGAAGUUAUUCGUUUUCUAUUAGAUCUUUUCAAAUACAAUGAUAACUCAAAAAAUCGAUAUUCUGAUAAUUACUAUCGAGCUGUUCUUGUUGAUGCGUUAGGUGGCACUGUCACACCGGUGAUAUCAGUUGUGCAACAAGGUUCGAUAACAUUCGAUAGCUUGAGCGCUGAUACAAAAUGCGUUCUGGAGGAAGUAACACGGAUGCUUAAUCUGGAGAAAAGUUUGCCGUGUUACAAAUACACCGUUACGGGUGCAUGCUUAAGAGCGAUCAGAAAAUUGCAGAAGUUCGGGCAUUUACCCAGUAGUCCGGUUUUGUUUAAAUCGUACGCGGUUUAUGGUUUAUACAUUGAUGUGCGACUGGCCGCUUUGGAAUGUUUGGUUGAUUUUGUGAAAGCUGACGGACGGUUACCCGAUUUACAAUAUAUCUUGGAUUUAAUCGAAAAUGAUCCGGAUCCUGGGUUACGACAUAAGUUGGCGAGGAUGUUGAUACUCAAUCCACCGUUUGAAAGAGCGCAUAGGCACCGUUUGGAUGUUCCGGAAUUGGUAAAACGAAUUUGGGUGAAUAUAAAUGGCAUGUUGUCUCACGAUACAAGAUUACGUUGUGACUUAGUCGACCUUUACUAUAAGCUGUAUGGAGUGAAACACCCCACAUGCAUUCCUAUACCAGGGCUUGCUGGCAUUCUCAAACCGCAGAAAGUGCAUAACUUUGUGGAGGAAGAACUUCGUCGGCCACAAUACGAUCCGAAGCCUAUACCGAAACUGAAGGAAGAAAGACUUACGCAGGUUGCACCAAUGGAAAUUAAAGAAGAACCAACAGAUGUGUGGGAAACUCGCACAAUUAUAAAGCAACCUCCUGCAGCAACACUCGAUGAAGUGUGUGUGACCGAAACUAAAAUUGUUACCUAUAUUGGUGGAAAUAGUGUUUCAAAACAGGAAUAUUUCUCGGAUAAUUCCGUUUCAUUGCCUGGUAUGGGUCAAACGGGCCCAGUUGGGUUCGAACCUGGUAUGUUUAAGAAAGAAGGCGACGGUAAACACAAGGGCGAUCCGACUAAAGUUAAGAAAAAGAAGAAAGAUAAAAAGAAACAUAAACAUAAGCAUAAACAUAAACACGAACAUAAACAUAAGGAUAAAAAGGAGAAGGAUCCGACUAAAAAGCUGAUAAAGGAGGAAGAAACGCUUAGUUCUGUUAGUUCUACACCUAGCCCGAAUCCAAUUUCUUUGGGUCAGACCGAUAUUUUAUGAUAGUACAAUAUAAUUUUUUUUAUAUUUGCAAUACAAUAUAUGUUGUAUCGAAA